UGAUCAGUCCACACAUACAUAUUUGUUUUACUCUGUGAAUAUGGUAUCAUAAACCGACUCUAAAUACCAAGGAUGUUAUGUUAUGUCUUGGCUUCCUCGUGCAGAACUUCAACAGUCAUAUAGGCAGCAGUCAUAAGCCAUGAUGGAUCGUUUAGAGAAGUUCCAGAUAGUUUUCAAUGAUGCUACAGCGACGUACUGUGCUGGUAGCACCGUCUAUGGCUAUGGCUGGGUAGUCGUCAAGGAUCCAUUCUACGUGCAAAGUGUGUGUUUGGAAGCCAUAGGAGAAGCUAAAGUGGAGUGGAUGACCUCAAGUGACAUCCAAGCUUCUGAUGAAGAGGUCUUCAAUUAUACCACAGUGCUUCCAAUAAAAGGUGAGAAGGAGAUUAACGACGAAGGCUUGCUACAUCCCGGAUCUCACUACUUUCCAUUUGAAUUUGUUCUUCCACAAAAACUACCUUCAUCUUUCAAAGGCAAACACGGUCGCCUGAGGUACUUUGUCCGAAUGACAAUAUAUUCCCCCGGAGGGCCUCAUCAUGAGCGAGCCAGCAAGUUUGCAGUGAUUGGUGCACUUGAUCUGAACUCGGAACCAGACUCUGCACUUCCUGUGGAGAACGACACAUUUGAAGCUAUUGGGUCUUGGUGCUGUUUGGCAGGCACAGUAACUGCCAUCGUGAAACUGGACCGAAAGGGCUAUGCGUUGAAGGAAGCCAUACCAGUGUGGGCGGAAAUCAAGAACCUUAGCACCAGACGGAUUGCAUGGUCACGGGUUUCUCUCAUUCAAAAUGUGACUUACUACUCGUAUCGAGGGAGGUUUUCUGAGACCACCGUCCUCGUGACCAUACACAAAGGAAGCAUUGCUCCGUGUGCCAAGCAGACCUGGCAGAGAGAACUCCUCAGUAUUCCCACUGUACCGCCUUCUCAUCUGAGAGGAUGCAAGAUCAUAGACGUUCAGUAUUCUAUUGAGUUGUGUAUAAAGCCAGCUGGUAUUGCAAGAAAGGUCAAACUUCCUGUCGACAUCGUCAUCGGAACAGUUCCACUGCAGGACAGUCAGCACCGUGUGACAUGCCACCCACUUAUCUCCCCUUGUGAGGGUAGCUUCCCCUUCCCGUUCUUCAGUGACAGUGCAUCAAGUGACCAGCUUUGCCUGACCGACAUGUCCCUACACAGCAUGCUGCCCACAGCACCCCCCUGGGAGGAAGACGAUGAUAUUCCCUGACAUUUAAUGUCAGUGGAUUAAAUCAAACCAUUCCUGUGACCUAACAGCCUCAAACAGUUUCAUCACGUGGUUCAACCAUGGUGACUGGCUCUCGGAUUUGCUCACACCUACUCACACCAGUACAAUUUUACCAGGAGCAUUGGCAGCUGCUACUGAAAGAGUCUGCAGACUUUCAUAUUAUUGUCACAAUCGUUAAAUCAGCAGCUAGCAAUAGUUACAUGAAAAAGAAGACAUUUAUUUCACUUUCAGCUUAGUGCUAGUCUUCGCUUUUAAUACAUGCUGUUGGACCUUUCAUUUGUCUGCACAUUUUAGGUGUACGGUUUGUGUUUCUUUUAAUCAAUCUUCAUUUAGUUCUUGGGUAGCUGGCUUAAAUAGAAAUAUAAUAUUUUUCUUUUUCAUGCCAUAGCCUGAACUACUUUAAAUGUAUAAACUAUAUGAACAUGUAAUGCAGCCACACCUGUCUGCCCAAUGAUCCCUUCCGUGGUUAGGCUGUAAAGUGACAUUGGGGUUCUGGGUCGUAUGGAUGGACUAACCUUAUAGAUGGUUCAAGGAGUCAUUGGAGUUCUGGACCCCAUAGAUCAAUUAACCAUGUUUUUCAAGGUAACAUUAGUGUUUUGGGCCCCAUGAAUGGACUAACCUUGUAGAUGGUUCAAUGUGAUAUUGGAGUUCUGGACCCCAUAGAUCAAUUAACCAUGUUUUUCAAGGUAACAUUAGUGUUUUGGGCCCCAUGAAUGGACUAACCUUGUAGAUGGUUCAAUGUGAUAUUGGAGUUCUGGACCCCAUAGAUCAAUUAACCAUGUUUUUCAAGGUAACAUUAGUGUUUUGGGCCCCAUGAAUGGACUAACCUUGUAGAUGGUUCAAUGUGAUAUUGGAGUUCUGGACCCCAUAGAUCAAUUAACCAUGUUUUUCAAGGUAACAUUAGUGUUUUGGGCCCCAUGAAUGGACUAACCUUGUAGAUGGUUCAAUGUGAUAUUGGAGUUCUGGACCCCAUAGAUCAAUUAACCAUGUUUUUCAAGGUAACAUUAGUGUAUUGGGCCCCAUGAAAGGACUAUCCUUACAAAUGGUUCAAGAAGACUUUGUGGUUCUGGGCUCUACAGAUCGACUAACCGUGUGGUUCACGGUAACAUUGGGGUUCUGGACCCCAUGGAUUGACUAACCAUGUUUUUCAAGGAGACAUUGGGAUUUUGAACUCUAUGGAUCUACUAACAUAUGGUUAAGAGAGACAUUACACUUCUGGACUCCAUGAGUGGACUGUCUCUGUGGUUCGUGGUGAAAUGGGGGUUCUGGGCUCUAUCAAUGGACUGUCUAUUUGGUUGACAGUGACAUUGGGGUUCUGGGCUCUAUGAAUGGACUGUCUAUAUGGUUCAUGGUGACAUUGGGGUUCUGGACUCUAUGAAUGGACUGUCUAUUUGGUUGACAGUGACAUUGGGGUUCUGGGCUCUAUGAAUGAACUGUCUAUUUGGUUGACGGUGACAUUGGGGUUUUGGGCGCUAUGAAUGGACUGUCUGUAUGGUUCAUGGUGACAAUGGGGUUCUGGGCCCUAUCAAUGGACUGUCUACAUGGUUCAUGGUGACAUUGGGGUUCUUGGCUCUAUGAAUGGACUGUCUAUUUGGUUGACGGUGACAUGGGGUUUUUUUGUGGGGUCUAUGAAUGGACUGUCUAUAUGGUUCAUGGUGACAAUGGGGUUCUGAACUCUAUCAAUGGACUGUCUGUGUGGUUCAUGGUGAUACUGUGGUUCUGGAAUCUAUCUGUGGACUGUCUAUAUGGUCCAUGGUGAAAUUGGGGUUCUGACCUUAUUGGACAGACAGUAUUCUGGGUCUUGGGGUGACUUGGGCUACAUGGAUGAACAAUUUUAAUAAAAUAUUUCCUGACUGACAUGACUGCAGACCCUCAUUGAGUGCUAGAUUGUUCAGUUCAUUUCAGAAAGGGUUCUACAAAAGAUGGCUAGUCUGUCAGUGUUUGAACUGGAUUCAACAAAUACCUUUUUUUCUUCACUUUUGCUCUUUUUUAGCUCUUUAAAAAAAAUAUUUUUAGAAUGAACAAAUUUUAUAACCAUCAAGUACAUAUACAUGUACUGCCUUGACCUAGCACUAGUCAUUGUUGCACUUCCAUGAACAAAAUGUUUUAUUGAACAGAAUUUUUCACAUUAACAGAAACAUUUUUUGUGUUUGCUUUUUUUUUAGUUUCUUAACACAACUGAAAAUUUUAUGUUUCUAUUAUCCUAGCAUUUUCAUACAUUGUCAUUCCAUUUGUUAUCAUUUUAUUAUUUUCAUCCAAAUUAUUCAAAUUAAAUUACUUGUUAUCUUUUAGUUUUGUCAAAAUUACACUGCUACUGUUAUGGAAAGACACAGACUACAAUAUUUACUAUAUAUUCUUACUUGUUAUGGUUGUCAAGAUAUUGUGAGUAGAAUGAACUUCCUUUUGAAUUGUGGUGUAACUUGGUUCUGUACCUGUUCCAGUUUCUGUUCCUGGCAGAUUUGAGAAACAUUGAUAAAAGAGGAUUAUUUAACAUUGAUAAAAGAGGAUUACUUGUAUUAUGUGUAGAUAUGUAUGUACUUACAUCUUAUGAGAUUGUUUUAGUGCCCACUCUCUUGCUCUCUCCUUCUCUCCUAAAACUCUCUCUCUCUCUCUCUCUCUCUCUCUCUCUCUCUCUCUCUCUCUCUCUCUCUCUCUCUCUCUCUCUCUCUCUCUCUCUUAAAAACUGUACAUGUAAUCAGUGCUUUGAUCGUUUGCUAAACACAUGCCUUUUACCUCAGUUGUUUCUGUGUAUAUAAUUUGUACAUGCAUUUGCAAGAUGUUUUAGCCUAUAUGUAUAUGUAUAUGUGUGUGUGUAAGUGUAUAUAUGUGUAUGUGUGUCUGUGUGUGUGCGUGUGUGUAUAUAUAUACAUAUUAUUGUUAUAUAUGUAGGUGUGUGGAACUACUUUUUUCACUCAUUACUAAAACCAUAGAAACUUUUAAACAGAUUUGUGUUUUUUAAAUACAUAUAAUACAGUUUUGAAUCAAUUUGAAUGAUAUCUUCAAUUAAAAGUAAACCAAUAGAACUACCUCAAAUACUAUAUUCCUUUUGAAUUUUUUACUUACAUGUUAUACUUAACUUCAAAAGUUUUGUACCUUAAACUUGUUUCAAGUUUUAUGAUCCAUUAAGCCACAAAUGUUUGACAUCCAGUAGCCGAUGAUUAAUAAAUCAUGUGCUCUAGUGGUGUUGCUAAACAAAACAAACUUUAACUUUUAACUUUUUAUUUUAAAUUUCUAAAUGUAGACAUAAAAUAACAUUUAAAAAAAAAAAAAGUCUGAUUAAUAAAAAUCAAACUUUUAAUUAUUUUCAUGACAGUAUAAAACUAGUAUAAUAGUAUCAGGCAUUGAAUGUUUUUUUAAAGAAUUCUGCCAGAAUCAUAAAAAUGCGGUACACAAUCUACAUAUUUUGGGUUGCCAUCUCAUAACUUUACACUUGCAACCGUAAUUCUGGGAUUUGCAAAAGCACAGAAUCCUUCUAAAUUCACAACCUGAAUAACAUUGUAGUCAAAUAAUUACAACUUUUUAUGGAGCCUAAUUUUUUUUUUUUAGAUAUGUUCAACUACAGAUUUUUAUAUGUAAUUCAUCAAAGUGCUAAUCAUUUUGGGGCGUUAAAGCCUGCCUCUUUGUUAAACCACACUCUAUGAUUAUCUGUAUCUGUAUGUGUGUCAGAUGUACCAAAUGUUUAAAGGCAUAUUGUUACAGACCACUGACCUAUUUAAUGGUCUAACAAAGUAUUACCUGAGCAAAAAUAAUUUGAUUUGUCCCUAAA